UUAAAACGUGACCUGUCACGGGCUUAGCCAGCACAAUCUCCAAUCACGCAACGCCACGUGGCAUAUAUCGUCUACUACCCGGAACGAGAGUUCAGAGGAACGAUCGACAUUUUUUUUGGUAUAAACGAUCGACAUUUUCGGUGUUCUCUCUCACUUUGAAUUCGUUCACUGAGAGAGAGAGAAGCAAUGGCGACGAUGCGAUUCUCCGGUGCAUCGACUGGAGCGGAGACGUUUGUGGGGUGCAACAACUCGUUGUCGAGCUUCGUCGGCGGGAGAUGGAGGACUAGGGUGUUUCCGGCGACUCGCCGGAGCUGGAGACCGGUGCCGCAGAGGAGGCAUUUUCCAGUUGUGAAGUCUGUGUGGAGUGAGCCCAAGGAGAAGGAGGUGACUGAUUCUGUCACCGAUUGCGAACAAGAACCCAUUAGCUCGUUGAAUCCAUUUUCUCCCGAUGCUUCAUCGAUAGCCUCCAGCAUCAAGUACCACGCAGAGUUCACGCCUCUGUUUUCUCCUGAGAAAUUUGAACUGCCAAAAGCUUUCUUUGCAACUGCACAAAGUGUUAGGGAUGCUCUAAUCAUCAACUGGAAUGCAACAUAUGAUUAUUACAACAGGUUGAAUGCAAAGCAUGCGUAUUACUUGUCGAUGGAAUUUCUCCAGGGUAGAGCCCUUCUGAAUGCAGUGGGUAACCUUGGACUAACCGGUGCUUAUGCUGAGGCUUUGAAGAAACUAGGCUACGAUUUGGAAAGAGUAGCUUGUCAGGAGCCAGAUGCUGCACUUGGAAAUGGUGGACUUGGAAGACUUGCCUCAUGCUUUUUGGAUUCGUUGGCAACUUUGAAUUAUCCAGCUUGGGGUUAUGGACUUAGAUACAGGUAUGGGCUAUUCAAACAGAGAAUCACUAAAGAUGGACAGGAAGAAGUUGCGGAAGAUUGGCUCGAGCUGAGCAAUCCAUGGGAAAUAGUCAGAAAUGAUGUCUCAUAUCCUGUAAAGUUCUAUGGCAAAGUGGUUACGGGAUCAGAUGGUAAAAAGCGCUGGAUUGGAGGAGAGGACAUUUUGGCUGUUGCUUAUGAUGUUCCUAUACCCGGUUACAAAACUAAGACGACUAUCAAUCUACGCCUCUGGUCAACGAAAGCUCCUUCAGAAGAUUUUGACUUAUCUUCAUUUAAUUCUGGGAAGCAUAUUGAGGCAGCAGAGGCACUGUAUAAUGCCGAAAAGAUUUGUUAUGUACUUUAUCCCGGGGAUGAGUCAAUUGAAGGAAAGGCUCUUCGUUUGAAGCAACAAUACACCUUGUGCUCAGCUUCGCUCCAAGACAUCAUUGCACGUUUUGAGACAAGAUCCGGGGGAAAUGUCAACUGGGAAGAAUUUCCUGAGAAGGUUGCAGUGCAGAUGAAUGACACUCACCCCACCCUAUGCAUACCCGAGCUGAUGAGGAUUUUGAUGGAUUUGAGGGGAUUAAGUUGGGAUGAAGCUUGGAAAAUCACUCAAAGGACUGUGGCAUACACGAACCACACAGUCUUGCCUGAGGCACUGGAGAAGUGGAGUUUAGAACUCAUGCAGAAGCUGUUGCCACGACAUGUGGAGAUUAUAGAAAUGAUCGAUGAGGAGCUAGUUCGGACAAUUGUUAUAGAGUAUGGCACUGAAGAUCCUGGCUUACUGGAUAAAAAACUAAAGGAAAUGAGGAUCUUAGAAAAUGUGGAGUUGCCUGCUGCAUUUGCAGAUGUUAUUGUGAAGCCAAAGAAACCUUCAGUUACUGCAGCCGAAGACACGACUGAUGAGUCUGUGGAAUCAGAAGAAGAAACUGAAGCCGUGGUGGAAAAGGAAGAGGCAGAAGCCGCUGAUGAGGAAGAGGAGGUUAUCACAGAACCAGUAGUAGAACCACCGAAGAUGGUUCGUAUGGCCAAUCUGUGUGUUGUGGUUGGUCAUGCUGUGAACGGAGUGGCAGAGAUACACAGCGAAAUAGUGAAGCAGGAAGUCUUUAAUGAAUUCUUCAAGUUGUGGCCUGCUAAAUUCCAGAAUAAGACCAAUGGUGUAACACCAAGACGAUGGAUCCGUUUUUGCAAUCCGGAUCUAAGUGACAUUAUAACUAACUGGAUUGGAACAGAAGACUGGGUCUUAAAUACUGAAAACCUCGCCGAGCUAAGAAAGUUUGCAGAUAAUGAAGAACUACAAUCACAGUGGAGGGCUGCGAAAAAGAAAAACAAAAUGAAGGUUGUUUCCCUUAUCAAGGAAAGAACCGGGUAUUCAGUAAACCCGGAUGCCAUGUUCGACAUUCAGAUAAAGCGUAUCCAUGAGUACAAGCGUCAACUGCUUAACAUCUUGGGAAUUGUUUACCGCUACAAAAAGAUGAAAGAGAUGAGUGCCGAUGAAAGGAAGAAAGCCUUUGUUCCAAGAGUUUGCAUAUUUGGAGGAAAAGCAUUCGCCACUUACGUGCAAGCUAAGAGGAUUGUGAAGUUCAUCACAGAUGUUGGUUCUACAAUAAAUCAUGAUCCAGAAAUAGGUGACCUGCUUAAGGUUGUCUUUGUGCCUGAUUAUAAUGUCAGUGUCGCUGAAUUGCUCAUACCAGCGAGCGAGCUUUCACAGCAUAUCAGUACUGCCGGGAUGGAAGCCAGUGGGACAAGUAACAUGAAGUUUGCAAUGAACGGCUGCCUUUUGAUCGGAACCUUAGAUGGUGCCAAUGUUGAAAUCAGAGAAGAGGUCGGAGAAGAGAAUUUUUUCCUCUUUGGUGCCAAAGCUCAUGAGAUCAUUGGCCUCAGGCAAGAAAGAGCUGAAGGGAAGUUUGUUCCUGACCCUCGCUUCGAAGAAAUCAAGAAGUACAUCCAAAGUGGCAUCUUUGGUUCCAACAACUACGAUGAACUGAUGGGAUCCUUGGAAGGAAACGAGGGCUUUGGACGAGCAGAUUAUUUCCUCGUAGGCAAAGACUUCCCUGAUUACAUUGAAUGCCAAGAAAAAGUCGACGAGGCAUACCGAGACCAAAAGAGAUGGACGCGAAUGUCGAUCUUGAACACAGCAGGGUCAUAUAAGUUCAGCAGCGACCGUACAAUUCACGAGUACGCCAAAGACAUCUGGAACAUCAAACCAGUCGAACUUCCAUGAUUCCAACGAGUUCUCAGCCAGAACACACCUCGAGUUUAUCCUUUUUCACCUCCGUUGCACUUCCACUCCUCGAAUGCCUCUUUCACUUUCCAGUUAUAUGUGUAAAGGUCAUCACUACGAAAUAAGAAACAAUGUAUGAACUUGUAUCAUUGUGAUGAAUGUAAGAAAUAAAAUUUCAGUUUUA